AUGGAAAAGUUUUAUGAGGAUCUUACCAAGGUGUUUGUAGUGGAGGGGAAAGAGGAAGAGGAGUCUAGCUUGGUGAGCGUGGUUUCUCAAAGCGGCUGGCUUCAAACCCAGGCAGAUGGCUCUGCUGCCACGCGCAACGUGCCCGUGCGCCAGGAGUCUGCCCCCGAGCGCCCUGAGCGCACCAUUCGGUAUGAUGGGGUUGAUGUGUUUGGAUACACAGCGUGGUCCCUCCUGGAUGGCUUCGAGUGGCACAGAGGAUACAGCAUCCGACGUGGGUUGUUUUAUAUUGACUUCCAAAGCCAUGACAAGAAGCUGAUGCCAAAAUCUUCCGUCUUGUUCUAUCAAAAGCUGAUUGAGAAAAAUGGCUUCCCACCUUUGCCUGAAAACCAGCCCAUAGAAGGGGUCUUUCCCUGUGGCUUUGCUUGGGGAAUAGUUGACAAUUACAUCCAGGUAGACACGACACCAUCCCAGUUUCUUGACCCUAAUGUUUAUGUGUGGGACGUUCACCAGACGAAGCAGCUUAUUAAAGUGGAUGGAGUUUUUACCUCCAAACGCAAGCGGCACUGUGUUGACUUUGCUGCUAUCAGGCUCCAGAUCUCACUUCUGCAGGAAAUGCAUGUCACACACUUCCAUUUUUCACUGAAGUGGUCUUCAAUUCUUCCCUUAGGUAACCUUUCUGUCAUCAACCACACGCUUGUACAUUAUUAUCAGUGUUUCGUUAGUGAACUUCUCAGAGUUAAUAUAACUCCUGUUGUUGCCUUAUGGCAACCUAUGACUGAGAAUCAAGAGCUUCCAGCUUCACUUGCCAAAGAUGGAGCUUGGGAAAACUCAGAAACGGUUCAGGCCUUUGCUGAAUAUGCCAAGCUGUGCUUUACAAGUCUUGGGGACCAUGUGAAAAUUUGGAUCACAAUAAAUGAACCCUCUGUGAAGAACUUGACAUACACUGCAGGGCACAAUCUGUUGAAAGCCCAUGCAAAAGCAUGGCAUAUUUACAACAAAGAAUUCAGAAGAUCUCAGAAAGGGAAAAUAUCUAUAGCUCUGCAAGCUGACUGGAUAGAACCAGCUUGUCCCUUUUCCAGAAAAGACCAAGAAGUUGCUGAUAGAAUUUUAGAAUUUGACAUUGGGUGGCUUGCAGAACCCAUCUUUGGGAAUGGUGAUUACCCACACCUUAUGAGAGAAUGGCUUCAGCAAAGAAACAGUGUUGACCUAUAUAAUUUCCACUUGCCUUACUUCUCAGAAGAAGAAAAGAAGUUAAUCCAAGGCUCAUUUGAUUUUUUUGCCCUAAGUCACUACACUACUACUCUUGUGGGCUGGGAGAAAGAAGAUGCUCUAAAAUUUGACCACUAUCUCGAAGUUCAGAUGAUCAAUGACAUCACAUGGCUGCACUCUCCUGGGCGAGCUGCAGUGGUGCCCUGGGGAUUACGUAAAAUGCUCAAGUGGGUUAAAUCAAAGUAUGGAGAUGUCCCAAUAUACGUCAUGGCUAAUGGAAUUGAUGAUGGUCAGAAUAUGGUGCAUGAUAAGCUCCGAGUAUAUUACAUACAGAAUUACAUCAAUGAAGCUUUAAAAGCUUACACCUUGGAUAAUGUUAACAUACAAGGAUACUUUGUCUAUUCUUUUAAUGACAAGACUACUCCUAAGUAUGGUCUCUACAGUUACUUUGCAAAUCGGUAUGAACCAAAGCCCUCUAUGAAACAUUACAGAGAAAUAAUUGAUAAUAAUGGCUUUCCUAGACCUGAAACUGCAGUACUAUGCCCUGAAGAGACUGUCUCAUGUCCUGAAUGCCACUUUUUCCGAACCAGAAAAUCAUUAUUAGCCUUUGUUGCUUUCAUAUUCGUUGCUUUUAUUGUUACUAUAUUCCUCAUUAGUUACUAUUCCAGGAGGGUAGGAAGAUGAUAUAGA